GCGAUUGUUCCCAGGGAGUAACAAAGGUCUUCUCUGCAUUCUACUGAUCUUGCGCUUUGUGUCGUAUAUUUCCCGUACUCUUUUGCUUCGACUCUUUGUAUUUCGGUCGCAAAGUUUUGUAAGAAUAAGCCCGCCCAGCUUUACGCAGAGUUUACUCACCCCACGCUCUUUUUUCUCUGACACUCCUUCACCAUGGCUCCUAUCGAGGUCGCGGCCCAGGUCGCUAACAUGUACGAUACCGUCCUGAUUCUGGACUUCGGAUCGCAGUACUCGCAUCUCAUUACCCGCCGCAUCCGCGAGGCUGGUGUCUACUGCGAGCUGCUUCCGUGCACGCAGAAGAUUGCUGAUCUCAAGUUCAAGCCCAAGGGUAUUGUUCUGUCGGGCAGCCCGUUCUCGAUCACCGACGAGGGUGCGCCGCACGUCGACCCGGCCGUCUUUGAUCUGGGCGUCCCCAUCCUCGGCAUCUGCUACGGUCUGCAGGAGAUCGCGCGCAACCUCGGCGGUGAGACCAGCCUGGCCGUCAAGCGCGAGUACGGCCACGCCGAGCUGCAGCUGCACCCGCAGGAGGGCCACCACUCGACUGCCCUCCUCAAGGACAUGCCGUCGCCGACCAACGUGUGGAUGAGCCACGGCGACCAUCUCGAGAGCCCGCCCCAGGACUUUGUCGUCAUUGGCUCGACCGCGACCAGCGAGUACGCCGCCGUCGCCCACAAGGACCGCCCGAUCUACGGUAUCCAGUUCCACCCCGAGGUCACCCACAGCGUCGACGGAACCAUCCUCCUGCGCAACUUUGUCAUUGGCAUCUGCCAGUGCAACGCCUCGUGGACCAUGUCGUCGUUCAUCGACAAGGAGCUUGAGCGCAUCCGCGCUCUUGUUGGCCCGACUGGCUCGGUUAUCGGCGCUGUCUCUGGCGGUGUUGACUCGACUGUCGCUGCUGUGCUGAUGAAGCGCGCCAUUGGCGACCGUUUCCACGCUGUCCUGGUUGACAACGGUGUUAUGCGCCUGAACGAGUGCGCCCAGGUCAAGAAGACCCUGGCCGACAACCUUGGCAUCAACCUGACUGUCGCCGACGCUGCCGAUCUGUUCCUGGGCCGCCUGAAGGGCGUCACCGACCCCGAGCGCAAGCGCAAGAUCAUCGGCAACACCUUCAUCGAGGUGUUCGAGGCCGAGUCGCACAAGAUUGACGCCAUGACCCGCGAGCGCGGCGAGGGUGCGAUCGAGUGGCUGCUCCAGGGUACCCUGUACCCCGAUGUCAUCGAGAGCAUUUCGUUCAAGGGCCCGUCGGCCACGAUCAAGUCGCACCACAAUGUCGGCGGUCUGCUUGAGGACAUGCGCCUGAAGCUCAUUGAGCCCCUGCGCGAGCUGUUCAAGGACGAGGUCCGUGCCCUGGGCUCCCUGCUCGACAUUCCUGACGAUCUGGUCUGGCGCCACCCGUUCCCCGGACCCGGCAUUGCCAUCCGCGUUCUGGGCGAGGUUACCCCGUCGCAGGUCGAGAUUGCCCGCCGCGCCGACCACAUCUACAUUGAGGAGAUCAAGAAGGCCGGUCUGUACCGCCAGAUCUCGCAGGCCUACGCCGCUCUGCUCCCUGUCCGCUCGGUCGGUGUCAUGGGCGACCAGCGCACCUACGAGCAGGUCAUUGCCCUGCGUGCCGUCGAGUCCCAGGACUUUAUGACCGCCGACUGGUUCCAGAUGCCGUAUGACGUGCUGAAGCGCAUCAGCAACCGCAUCAUCAACGAGGUCCAGGGCGUCAACCGCGUCCUGUAUGACGUCAGCUCCAAGCCCCCCAGCACCAUCGAGUUCGAGUAAAUAGCAGAUAAUGAGCCAUGUCCUGGCGUUUUAGAAGAGAAGAGUGUUCUAAAUAUACACGUUUCCGUCAUUGUAAUAUACAACUUUCAGAGGCAGGCUAUGCAUGUUUUUUUCUCUCGG